AUGGCGGAGCGAGAAAGCGGCGGGCGCGCCGGGGGCGGGGGUGCCGCGUCCACGCCCGGGGCCUCCCCGUUCCUGGGGUUGCAUAUCGUGUCGCCUCCCAAUUUCAGGCUCACCCAUGACAUCAGUCUAGAAGAAUUUGAGGAUGAGGACCUCUCGGAGAUCACUGAUGAGUGUGGCAUCAGCCUGCAUUGCAAAGACACCCUAGCCCUACGGCCCCAGCGCGGCGGACUCGUGCCGGGAGGCGGCGGCUGCGGGGGAGCGGGCAGCCGGCUGCAGGCCGAGAUGCUGCAGAUGGACCUGAUCGACGCGGCCGGGGACACGCCCGGAGCCGAGGAGGAGGAGGACGAGGACGAAGACGAGGACGAGGAGGAGGAGGAAGAGCGGCGAGGGCGGCCCCGGGGCCCCGGGCAGCAGCAGCAGCCGCCGCCACCGCCGCCGCAGCCUCCGCAGCCUCCGCAGCAGCAGCGCGGGCCUGGGGGCGGCGGGGGCCCGGCGCCCGAGCCCUGCCAGGACACGGUGCCGCGAGGCCUCGGCGGGGACACCUACCGGCCCAAGCGGCCCACCACCCUCAACCUCUUCCCGCAGGUGCCGCGGACGCAGGACACCCUGAAUAACAACUCCCUGGGCAAAAAGCACAGCUGGCAGGAGCGAGUGUCCCGGUCCUCUUCUCCGCUGAAGACAGGGGAGCAGACCCCUCCUCAUGAACACGUCUGCUUGAGUGACGAGCUACCGCCCCAGAGCAGUCCAGCACCCACCAAGGACCGGGGUACCUCCACAGACAGUCCCUGCCGCAGAAGCACUGCCACCCAGAUGGCCCCUCCGGGUGGCGGCCCCCCAGCCUCUCGGGGCUCCGACAAGGCUCCAGCUCCCUCUGGAGGCCGGGCCCACCCGCACCGUGACCGUAUUCACUACCAGACAGACGUGCGGCUAGAGGCCACCGAAGAGAUCUACUUGACCCCAGUGCAGCGGCCCCCUGAUCCCCCAGAGGCCACGCCGGCCUUCCUCCCCCCAGCCGAGAGCCGCAUGUCAGUCAGCUCUGACCCCGACCCCACUGGCUAUCCACCGGCCCCCGGCCGGCCCCACCCCUCCAUCAGCGAGGAGGAUGAGGGCUUUGACUGCCUGUCGUCCCCAGAGAGGGGCGAACCCCCUGGCGGGGGCUGGAAGGACAGCCGGGCGGAGCUGCCCCGGGCCUCACUGAGCUCAGACACCAGCGCCCUGUCCUAUGAUUCGGUCAAAUACACCCUGGUGGUGGACGAGCACGCCCAGCUGGAGCUGGUGAGUCUUCGGCAAUGCUACUCCGGCUACAGCGACGAGAGCGACUCGGCCACAGUCUAUGACAACUGCGUCUCGUCCCCCUAUGAGUCGGCCAUCGGGGAGGAGUACGAGGAGGCGGCGCGGCCGCGGCCGGCCGCCUGCCUCUCCGAGGACUCCUCGCCCGACGGGCCCGACGUCCACUUCUCCAAGAAAUUCCUCAACGUCUUCAUGAGCGGCCGCUCUCGCUCGUCCAGCGCCGAGUCUUUCGGAUUGUUCUCCUGCACCAUCAACGGAGAGGAGCAGGAGCAGACGCACCGGGCCGUGUUCAGGUUUGUGCCCCGCCAUGAGGACGAGCUGGAGCUGGAGGUGGACGACCCGCUCUUGGUGGAGCUGCAGGCGGACGAUUACUGGUACGAGGCCUAUAACAUGCGCACCGGCGCUCGCGGAGCCUUCCCUGCCUACUAUGCCAUCGAGGUCACCAAGGAGCCCGAGACCAUGACAGCCCUGGCCAAAAACAGUGACUGGGUGGACCAGUUCCGGGUGAAGUUCCUGGGUUCUGUCCAGGUCCCCUAUCACAAGGGCAACGACGUUCUCUGCGCUGCUAUGCAAAAGAUUGCCACCACCCGCCGGCUCACGGUGCACUUUAACCCGCCCUCCAGCUGCGUCCUUGAGAUCAAUGUUCGGGGAGUAAAGAUUGUGGUCAAGGCCGAGGACGCCCAGGAGCACAAGGGGAAUAAAUGCAGUCACUUUUUCCAACUGAAGAACAUCUCUUUCUGUGGAUACCACCCAAAGAACAACAAGUACUUUGGGUUCAUCACCAAACACCCCGCCGACCACCGGUUUGCCUGCCACGUCUUUGUGUCCGAGGAAUCCACGAAGGCUCUGGCCGAGUCUGUCGGGAGAGCGUUCCAACAGUUCUACAAGCAGUUUGUGGAGUACACGUGCCCCACGGAGGACAUCUAUUUGGAGUAGCCCUGCUGCCCCCUGCUGUCCCCAUGGACAUGCCCUGGGCUGCCCACCCCAGACUGCAGGAAGUGCCCGCACAGACUAGGGGCACCCGGCAACACCAUCUCUCCUCUGCAGGAAGCCCUCUGGGGCAAGAUUGGGGAGGGGGGAGGACUAGC